UCCGAGGGUCAGAAGGACUCUACAUGGUGAAUGGGCCACCACAUUUUACAGAAAGCACUGUGUUUCAAAGGGAAUCCGGGAAAAAUUGUAAAGUCUAUACCUUUAGUAAAGAUGGGACCUUGUUUGCCUGGGGCAACGGAGAAAAAGUAAAUAUUAUCAGUGUCACUAACAAGAGACUGCUGCACUCCUUCGACCUCCCAAAGACAGUUUGCCUUGAGUUCUCCCCCAAAAACACUGUCUUGGCAACGUGGCAGCCGUAUACUACUUCGAAAGACGGCACGGCGGGGGCCCCGAAUCUGCAGCUGCAUGACAUGAAAACGGGGACAUGCUGGAAAUCUUUCAUCCAGAAAAAGAUGCAAAAUUGGUGCCCAUCUUGGUCAGAAGAUGAAGUUAUUUGUGCCAGAAAUGUCAACAAUGAAGUUCACUUCUUUGAAAACAACGAUUUUAAUACAAUUGCAAAUAAACUGCAUUUGCAAAAAAUUAAUGAUUUUGUGUUAUCCCCUGGACCCCAACCAUACAAGGUGGCUGUCUAUGUCCCAGGAAGUAAGGGUGCGCCUUCAUUUGUUAGACUCUAUCAGUACCCCAACUUCGGUGGACCUCAUGCUGCUUUAGCGAACAAAAGUUUUUUUAAGGCUGAUAAAGUUACAAUGCUGUGGAAUAAAAAAGCCACUGCUGUGUUGGUAAUAGCUAGUACAGAAGUUGACAAGACAGGAGCGUCCUACUAUGGGGAGCAAACACUGCACUACAUUGCAACAAAUGGAGAAAGUGCCGUUGUACAAUUACCAAAAAAUGGCCCCAUUUAUGAUGUAGUUUGGAAUUCUAGUUCUACUGAGUUUUGUGCUGUUUAUGGUUUUAUGCCUGCCAAAGCAACAAUUUUCAACCUGAAAUGUGAUCCAGUCUUUGACUUUGGAACGGGUCCCCGUAAUGCUGCUUACUACAGCCCUCAUGGACAUCUAUUAGUGUUGGCUGGAUUUGGGAAUCUGCGAGGACAAAUGGAAGUGUGGGAUGUUAAAAACUACAAACUUAUUUCUAAGCCAGUGGCCUCUGAUUCCACAUAUUUUGCCUGGUGUGCAGAUGGUGAGCACAUUUUAACAGCCACGUGUGCUCCCAGGCUGCGAGUUAAUAAUGGCUACAAGGUGUGGCAUUACACUGGCUCCGUCUUGCACAAGUAUGAGGUGCCAUCCAGUGCGGAAAUGUGGCAGGUUUCUUGGCAGCCGUUUUUAGAGGGAAUAUUUCCAGCAAAAGCAGUAAUUUACCAAGCAGUUCCAAGUGAAGUGCCCAGUGAGGAGCCCAAAGUUGCAGCAGCUUACAGACCCCCAGCCCUGAGAAACAGACCCUCCACUGGUUCGAAACUGCAUGAGGAAGAACCACCUCAGAAUAUGAAACCACAGUCUGGAAGUGAUAAGCCGUUAUCAAAAACAGCCCUUAAAAACCAGCGGAGGCACGAGGCUAAGAAAGCUGCAAAACAGGAAGCAAAAAGUGACAAGAGUCCAGAUUCGGCAGCUCUUCCUGCUCCAGAGAACACAGCACGAAACCCUGCCCCUCAGUCAAUCUCUGGAGACCCUGAGGUGGACAAAAAAAUUAAGAACCUAAAGAAGAAACUGAAAGCAAUUGAACAGCUGAAAGAACAAGCAGCAACUGGAAAACAACUAGAAAAAAACCAGUUGGAAAAAAUUCAGAAGGAGAAAGCCCUCCUCCAAGAACUGGAAGAUUUGGAAUUAGGCAUUUAAUGAGUCCUUAAAAGGAAGUUGGCUACCAGAAUUCAAAGCAAAUACAUCUCUGUUAAACCCACGGUCUUACAUGAGCUGUAUGCUCACACUUAUUGUUCAUCUGCAAUUUUAACCAUUUCACAGGGAUUUGACAUAUGUCGAAUUAUUUAAUAAUGUCUACUAAAUUGAUUCCCUAACAUCCUAUAUAUCAUGUUAGUUCGUGAUAUAAAAUGAGACAUGAAUUUUUUAGAUAAACUUGACAGAUUGGAAGACGUGUGGCCUUGGGUUUCUGUUGGUGGAUGGUGGUUGUUUUUCCAGUAAGAAACCAGGAUUAACCAUAAAUAAAGGCAUUUUAAGUGUAA